GAGAAUUUCUUAUUCGUGUGUGGAUAGCCAUAUUAGAAAGUUUGAAUUGGAAUAAAUUAAAUUUGUUAAAGUUUCUCCGUUCGUUUUGUGAUAUGCCGAAAAAUACGAAAAAUGAAAAUCAAUCGAGCUAUGACAAUCCAUCGUUUGAAAUUAUUAAUGAAAGAGACAUUCAAAGAUCUAAUAAUGAACAAAAUGAAUCUCGAGAACUAGAGGACUUAGAACAAUCGCAAGAGGAGAAGAAAACUCAAGGAUCUUGGAACAAUAGUAUUGAAUUUUUAAUGUCUUGCAUCGCUAUGUCAGUCGGUUUUGGUAAUAUUUGGAGAUUUCCAUUUAUUGCUUAUAAAAAUGGCGGUGGUGCAUUUCUAAUACCAUAUAUAAUCCUGCUCUUUCUUGUUGGUAAACCAUUUUAUUUUUUGGAAAUGAUAAUGGGACAAUUUUCUGGACGUUCUUCGAUUCGCGUUUGGAAUGUUUCACCUGCUUUUGUUGGUGUUGGUUGGGCUCAGUUUUCUUCAACGAUCGUUUUAGCAACUUAUUACAGUUCGUUAAUGGCUCUAACUCUUUACUAUUUGAUUGCAUCAUUUUCCAUUGAAUUACCUUGGGCAAAGUGUCUUGAAGAAUGGGGACCAUAUUGUAUCGAUUCGUCCAGCAAAAGAAAAAAUACAUUGACGAUAAACGAUGCGUCAUUUUUAAAGGGAAAUUACUCCUCCCAUAAACUCGAUCAUACUUUGAAUAAUUCGGUUUAUCGAAGCUCUGCUGAACUUUACUUUUUAAACACAGUAUUACACGAAAAAGGCAACAUCGACGACGGAAUUGGAUUACCAGAUUGGAAGUUAACACUUUGUCUGUUUGGAUGUUGGGUCUCAGUUUGCAUAAUCAUUUUCCAAGGUGCGAAAAGUACAGGGAGGGCAUCUUAUUUUCUAGCGAUCUUUCCUUACAUAAUUUUAAUAGCGUUGCUAAUACGUGCUGUAACAUUGAAUGGUGCUGCCAAUGGUAUACUAUUUUUUAUUACACCACAAUGGGAUAUGUUGUUGAAACCUGAAGUUUGGUACGCUGCAGUGACCCAAUGUUUCUUUUCAUUAUCCGUUUGUUUUGGUGCGAUUGUCACUUACUCGACUAACAAUGAAUUCAAACAUAACAUUUACAGAGAUGCCAUGAUCAUUACGACAUUGGACACAAUCACCAGCAUGAUCGCAGGCUGUGCAAUUUUUGGAAUCCUCGGCAACCUUGCCUACGAAAUGGACAUUAAGGAUAUAGGUACGGUGGUAAAAGAUGGCACUGGUCUCGCGUUCAUUUCCUAUCCUGAUGCAAUUGCUAAAUUCGAAGUCCUACCUCAGUUAUUUUCCGUUCUCUUCUUCGUCAUGAUGUUUGUUCUCGGAAUUGGUAGUUCGGUGGGUAUGACAACGAGUCUUCAUGUGAUCCUGAAUGAACAAUUUCCGAAUCUGAAAACUUGGCAAAUUGUUUUACCAUUGUGUUCUCUUGGAUUUUUAAUUGCAAUAAUAUACGUCACACCGGGUGGACAAUGGGUUCUUGUUUUAGCUGAUUAUUAUGGCACUUCCUUUGUUGUGUUCAUUUUAGCUACUUUUGAAAUGAUCGGUAUCAUUCACGUAUACGGAAUCGAAAAUUUUGUCGACGACAUAGAGUUUAUGUUAGAUAUGAAAGCAAGUAUGUUUUGGAAAAUUUGUUGGUUCAUAAUAACACCCGUUAUAUUGAUCACCAUUUUUUUCUAUACUGUCGUAAAUCUUCCACCUUUGGUUUAUGCUGGCAAAACUUUUCCAACAGCUGCACAUGCUGCUGGUAUAGUAAUACUUUGUAUUGGUGUACUACAAAUACCAAUUUGGAUGCUGUUGGCUAUACUAAAAAACAGGCAUUUGCCGUUAAAAAAGAUGAUUACAAAAGCUUUCCAGCCAACAUCCCAAUGGGGACCGAAAGAAAUUAAUUAUCGAAAACAAUGGGUAACGUUUAAAGAGGAAAAAAUGAAAAUUAGAAAUAUGAGAAAUCGAUCAAAAUGGUUGCAAACAAUUCGAAUUGUUUUUGAUCUUUUGAGUUGAAACCAAAGUAGACGUAUUUUUGUCUAAAAAAAAAAAAGAACAAAAAAGAAA